CAGUUUUACUCCGCCUCUGGAAGAGGGAGGACGUGACGUCGGUGUCCCGUUGGCGCGAAUUUUUAAACGCAUGUGAUUUGAAAUUCGAAUUUCGUUUUCCUGUGGUGUUAUUGACAUUAACUUUUUUUUUGGUGUUUUGGAAUAUUUUCCCAUGGAAUUUUGGACUAUUUAAAUAUAUGUUAAAAGUGAAACAUGAUUAGAAGUUUAGUUCGAAGAUACCAAGAGUUGGAAAGAUUGAAUAUGUGGGAGUGAACAGCCAGUAUGGAAUCCUUGGCUGCGGUGACUGCUCUCCUGGGACUCAUUUGUCUUGGUUCCGUAGACGGAGGCCUAAGCGAUGACUACAUGAGUAGCGGAGAAGCACCAUACAUUAUCGAACAGCCUCUAGACGUGACGGUGGCACGGCAUCAGCCCGCCACCCUGAACUGUCGAGCUGGUGGGUCUCCAGCGCCGACCAUAAAAUGGUACAAAAGUGGACAGCUUGUAGUCUCCGACACCCAUAGAAGCCUCUUACCAGCUGGGGGACUGUUCUUCUUAAGAGCAACUCAUGGGCGGGCCCAUUCUGAUGCAGGAGUGUAUUGGUGUGAAGCUACCAAUCCGUACGGGACUGCUAGAAGCCGUAAUGCCACUUUGCAUGUUGCUGUUAUUCGUGAAGAGUUCCGGUUAGAACCAGUGACUACCCAGACAGCUCAAGGAGAAACAGUGAUUCUGGAAUGUUCCCCACCAAGAGGAUCCCCAGAACCGACAGUGUAUUGGAAAAAGAAUGGUCAGAUCUUACACUUUGACGGCGACUCUAGAAUGCAUUUAGUAGACGGUGGAAGUCUCGUAAUACAAGACGCUAGGCAAACUGACGCUGGCAGAUAUCAAUGUAUAGCAAGGAAUGCAGCUGGCACUAGAGACUCAGCCAUCGCUACGCUCAGAAUACACAUUAAGCCAUAUUUGAUCGCUGGCCCUGAGGACGUUGUAGCACAAACCAGUGGGAGUGUAACCUUCCAGUGCAGAGUGGGUGGAGAUCCCCUUCCUGACGUGUUAUGGCGGAGGACAGCCGGCGGUGGCAACAUGCCACUCGGCCGAGUCAAAGUCCUUGACGACAGGAGCCUCAGGCUCGACGAUGUUAUUCUAAGUGACGAGGGAGAGUACACAUGCGAGGCUGACAAUGCCGUCGGUGCUGUGACUGCGAGUGGGUACUUGACCGUUUACGACCCACCAACAGUAACAUUGAAACCGAAUUCUGUAAUUGUUGAAAGUGGUUCUACUGCCACAUAUACUUGCACAUCAUCAGGGAAACCAGAGCCGACAAUGUUCUGGAGUUUAGAAGGCAAUAGAACUAUUAUGUUGCCUGGAACGUCGAAAGGCAAAUAUCACGCUUCAGUUUUAAUCGAUGGCGUUACUGUUUUAACAAUCAACGGUACACAUAAAAAUGAUAGCGGCCACACAAUAGUUUGUUCAGCGGUUAACUUUGCUGGCAGUUCGUUUGUUAGAGGAAAAUUAAGCGUGACGUCAGACGAUGACCGCCCACCGCCAAUCAUAACAUACGGUCCCUCUAACCAAACGUUACCUAUAAAAUCGAUGGCUGUUUUCCCCUGUACGGCUAACGGCACACCUGAACCAAUCAUUGCAUGGUAUUUCGAAGGGGAAGCAUUAAUACAAAAUCACAAGAAAAAUAUUUCUGCUGAUGGAACACUUAUUUUAAGAGACUUGGAAAAAGGCGAUAACGGUACCUACACAUGUGUCGCUUCUUCACAACAUGGAAAGUAUGUUUGGAGUGGAGUUUUGAUUGUUGACAGUCCAACGAAUCCAAAUAUUCAUUUCUUUAGAGCUGCAGAUAUAUCUGCUUUACCAGGAUCGCCGACAAAACCACACAUUUACAACAUCACAGAUACAAGUGUUACUAUUACAUGGAAUCAAAAUAAUAAAAUCGGUUCGUCUUCUAUUAUUGGAUAUCAAGUAGAGAUGUUUUCCAGAGAGACUUUAUCAGGAAAUAAUACCCCAAGAAACUCUCGAGGAUGGGUGAUCGUAUCCAAAAGAGUACUUCAGACACACUUCAUUGUAAGAUCUUUAAUUCCUGGGAUUACUUAUAUGUUCAUUGUAAGAGCUGAAAACUCACACGGCCUAUCAGGACCGAGCCCAGUUUCAGAAGCUGUAACUGUCGGUGAGGAUAACAAUUCGUUAUGGGACGGUGGAAUAUUUUCAAAUAAUACAGAGUUUAGAAAAAAUAUAAUGACUGAUAAUAUUGUUGAUCUCAUUGAAGCAACACCCAUCGACUCUAAAACAAUAAAGCUUAUGUGGGAAAUACUUAAUUUUUACUACCUGGAAGGACUUUUUAUUUACUUUAGACCUUUGGACAACCAAACAAUUGAGUAUGAAAUGAAAACAAUCCUACAUUCCAACGAUGUUUCGGGAUAUGAAAUAACAUCGCUCAGAAAGUAUACGAGAUACGAAUUCUUUCUUGUACCCUUUUAUAAGAAGUUUGAGGGGAAGCCGUCGAAUUCUAGAGUCGCGCAAACAUUGGAUGAUGUUCCCGAUGGACCCCCAACAAAUAUUGAAAUGUAUAUUUAUAAUUCAACAACGGUGCACCUCAAAUGGCAUCCUCCAGAACCAAACCUACAGAAUGGAGCUAUUGUGGGAUAUAAUGUAGUUCUAAACUGGUUAGAUAUCCCAGCAAACAAAUCUAUGGUGGCUAUAAACACUACGGUUCAUCAAUCAACUAGCCUCAUCAUGACGAAUUUGACAUCUGGAGUCAGUUAUUCAGUACAAAUAGCAGCAGAAACUAUAGUUGGUUUAGGACCUUUCAGUCAAAAAGUUUACUUGAAUAUUGAUUCUCGAACUGUAGGAUUGGACCCAUUAUCAAGAUAUCCCAAUAAUGGAGAAGUUUCAAUUGUUGCUGGCGAUUUUGUAAUGGAAACGUGGUUUUACUUGUUGAUUGGCGCAAUCGUACUAUUCAAAAUAAUAAUAAUCGGUGGCAUUAUUUAUAUCAGAAGACAUAAUAUUUUUGCAAAAAAAUCAGCCCUUCCAAAUAUCUACGAUUCUAAUGGAACGAGUUUGGUGACUCAAAUGAAUAUAAAAGCGGCUGUAUCUCUAUCCCAUCCACUAAGCAGUUGUUACAACAAAAACACGGUCACUAAAACGGAGUCACUUUUAUGGAUGGAAAAUCAGCCCGGCCUGUGUAUGUCUGGCAAUCAAACGAAUCAAAGCAAAGAAAAAACCAAUUCCGAAUACGAUAAAGUGACCCAACAACUGCCCGAAUAUGCCGAAGUAACAACUUCCAGAGUAAAUGGGAAUGAAUGGAAUACGAGUAAAACCGCAACGUCCCCGGCAGCGUACGCUUCGGUUACACUGGUAGCGAAUACCCGACAGUGCGUCAGUUCGUUGGGUUGGUUUCCACCUGGCAACAAAAAUGUGGAUACCUACGAAAGCCGCUAUCCUCCAGACGAAGAACUGUACCCUGCCAGCAAUGGGGGAUACUACAACCGGAAUGUUUAUAGUGAAAAAUACUUCCAAGGCCAUCCAAAUGUGCUUAAAUUUUAUGAUCUGCCUUCCUUAGAUAAAACUCAAAAAGCACAAAUCAGAUACAACCAAAGCUUAGAUGAGAGAAAGCCUGACAAAAAGAUCAAUACGGAUGCAACACAGUCUCUCAUAGGGAGAAGUUAUGGUGGCAACUCUAGAAAAAAUUCCGAAUCUGAAACGACGUAUAGAGCAUUCGGUGAUGAUGAAUCUGAAGAUGAGAAUUACGGUGACGAUUGCGGUUAUGAUGAAUUACAAGCAAUGCAGCCGCAAAGACCGAGAACUAAGCAUCAAUACGAAAGGCCUAACUUUGACAACGAUGCUACGCGAACUUUAGCUCGCCUCACGUCUUUUAGACAUGGGCAGAAUGUACUAAAUGGAACUCCAGCACCUCAUGCACCUACUCUUUCUCCUGCCGUGCCUCAUCCACGAAUCGACUCAGUGACGCGGUAGUAUCACGCCUUGCCGGUUUUCGGCGACCUGUGCCAAACGGACGUAUAGAUCGAUGUAUCUUUAAAGUGCACUACAAAAUAGUGACGUCAUUAUAAUCACUGUUCUUCCGCACGUAGCAAAGAUUAUCAUUGUGUAACAAGUAAAGACUUUCUCAACACAAACUAAUAACGCGAUAAUAUUAUAUUAUAAGCUUUAUACGGCUAUGAUUUUAUUAACAUUAAAAGACUGUAAACUUUCUUCGUUUUGAGCCUAAGAUUUACUUUUUUAAUAUUAUACUUUGUAAAAUAGUUUUAUUAGGUAUUAUGAUAAUUAUUUAUUACGUUGUAUGGAAAUUGUAGCUAGUCUUAUGUAAAGUUAACACUUUGUAAAUUAUGUAAAUAAUUACUAUUAGUCGAUUAUUAAAAAAAAACUUAUGGUGAAAGUAAUUGAAAUUAUUAUGUAAAUGAUACGAACUGUUUAUCGUGUUAUUGAUUGGAUUAAUGAAAUUAAUUUAGUCCGCUGAAUAUCAAUAAACGAAUUUGUGAGAAUUAUAUCACUAGCUUAAGUUUUCAAAUUGAAACUGAACGAAUAAACGCUUGGCAAUAAUUUGAGUAUGGAUAAAAAGUCACUGUAGUGUAAUUAAGAUAUUCGUAACACCUCAGUUAAUAUGAUCCCUGUAUUAGUGGUUUGUAAAAGAUUUAGAUAUUGUAACACUCAAAAUAUGAAAAAAAUUGCAAUAUUAUAAAAGAAAAGUUUGACAAAUGAUUCAAAUGUGUAUAGAUUAGGAUCAAGUCCCGAUAGUGAAGCAAAAACAAGAAUUCUAAAAUUCUAUUAGUUAAACUAGGAAAAGACUAGAACAUCUCUAGUGAAUGUGUCAACUAUAAAAACUAUCCAAUCGUAUAUUUAUUCUUUACCUGAGUCAUCAGUUUCAAUCAAACAAAGUUAAUAGAUAUUUGUAUUUAAAAUGCUUCUGAAGUACUUCAUCGUAGAAAUGAAUAUUCUGUUAGUAAUCCUAGUGGUUUUGAGUAAAAUUUAUUUCAUGUGCCAUAAUAACGUUUCCUAUUUGUAGCAAAGUAACAUUGGAGUUGUGAAAUUCGGAUGAAUCUUACGAAAAAAGAAAAAAAAAUAAAAGUACGUAAGGUAAUGUGAUAUGUAUAGCCACUUGUUAUAAAUUAUAGCACUACGUGUAUCGUUGCAUAUCAUCUGAUAGGUACGUAAUAAUUGCAAAACAUUAAUUUAAUAAAGCUGCUAUGAUUCGUAUCUUUCUGUAUCUUUUAUUAUAGAAAACAACAACCCAUGGCAACAUCUGGCGGUUUCAAUAAAAAUAUUGUAAACUUAUUUUUUUUAGAUUACGUUUAAAUUUUAUGUGUAAAGGUGCUGAUAGACUUGGGCAUUCACUUGUAAUGAGCAUUCGUGCGAAUGUUACAUCACCAGGGGCGUAGCUACCGCCGUAUCAGCCGUUAUCAAUGAUACCUUACGUGUGAAAGCAAAAAUUAAUAAAGUGUAAUCCAUAAUCUGACUUGAUAUAGUACUUCCCGAAAAAAAAAAACAAUAAAACCGUUUUCACUUCAAAAAUUACAAAAAUAAAAAAAAAACGUUUUUGCCCGGGUUGAACGUGCACCCAAAAGUUGGAAACAUAAAACAUAUUAGGUUAAGUCACUGUCAUAUUUAAUGCGUAGUGUACGAAACUCACAGAAAAAUACGAAAACAUUUUAUUGAGCAUACUAUCGAGCGUUCUGGCAAACAUUCUAGCGAGCAGAUUAGCAGCACACGCGAUCAAGUCUGACAUCUUCAUGAAGAAUAUCUUUUGACGAGCAUCGAAUAGAGCGUUGAGCUUGAGCAUACUCAAGAUGUUCGUAAAAAUAUUUGGCUCUAUGUUCGACAAAUAUAGAAACGGCGAAUGCUCGAUGUUCUGUUAUAAAAGUGCUCAAGUCUAUCAGCACCUUUACCUAUGGAUUACAAAAAUGUUAAUUUAAACAACAAGUUCAAAAGUGCUAAUAACUUAAUGUUACAAACUCUUUUGGCAUAAUGAAUGACCUGAUUCCUUGGUUGUGUGUGGUCUUGUGGCUUAAUCUCAUAAAAUAUUCAAAAACUUACUGGUUUAUAUGAUAUAAUAAUAGUAUCCGAUUCACUUGUAUAAUAGUUUAGUUAGGGCAGACCAUGUUGUUAGAAGAAAAAAGAGAUAGAUGGGUUACAUAAACCACAUUGGAUGUUUACAACUGGUACACAGAAGUUAUUUCAGCGGCGUUGUCAACAGCGCGAUGACAAUGCGGCGACUGAGCUCAGGUUUGCUAAUUAGCAUAGUUUUAAUGUGCCACUUGCGGUCCGCGUAUAAUCUAUCUUUUUUUUUCUUUUUACGACGAAAAAAAUUGUAUUAGUUUAAAACGAAUGGAAGUGUGCCUUCCAAUUGUUUUAAACUCAUACAAUUUUAUCGUAAGAAUCUUGUACAAAAUUGGUUCUUAACAAAUAUUCUGUAUUUUUGUGAUUUUAUGUAAUAAAAUAGUAUUUUCAUUUUUAAUAAAGAAUCAGAUUCCGCUAAAUGUGGCCAUGCGUUGUAAACUAUUGUAAAUAUGUAAAUCAAGUUGAUCGCAUUUUAUACUUCGAUAAAAUCAGUGCGCUUUUGUUUCAAUUUAUCUUUCCAUGUUCGAAUAACACAAAUGUAUGACAUUUUAAUGAGAAGCAAUGUAUAAUACGAAAUUAAAGAUUAAUGAUUUGAUUGCCUACCUUGAUUAACAAGAGUCCUAGUUAUCGAUAACUAUAAAAUAUUAACCACAGCGUAAGUAAUUCAAAAAUUAUAUUAUUUUCAUGUAAUGAUAGGUUAUCAAAAUCUAAAAUUGUUAUAUUGUACCUAUCUACUUAGUACCUAUAACAGAAUUGCGCACAAAACUCAAAAAUAUAAAAUAAUUUAUUAUAGAAUUUUAUGUGGCAAAACGAGGCUAGUUUCUGGGUAAUAAAAUAUCUAUGGUUAUUAUAAGCGGGUCGUAAAAAACCAAUCUUGAUCGCAAUCGUCAGGUCUUGAUCGCGAUCACAGAUCUCGUGCUCGUAUCACAAUAUAAUAUUAAGUAAGCAGUUGCAUCAAAACACUCCACCUACAUAAUCAAUCUAAAUCGCAAUCGAUAAAUCGACUAUUAAUAAACUUCGCCGGCGAAGACUAGGUCCCCGAUAUCUAACGUCACCCGGACGUGGGUUUUCUAACUCACGAUCUCGGGGGCGUCCGGACUGACUCACUCAGAUCACGGUUACACCCUCCCGAAUGGCCCUUUAAGCCGAGGUCCGAGUCUCAUAGGAGACGCCGGAAGGACGACGGAGAGUCAUUCCGUCCUCUAUCUUUAUUUCAGUCAGCUCUCAUCAGGCGAUGCUUCUGCGCUCGCCCAAAUCCCCCGGUGACGCCGUAGUGGUCCUACAUGGAGCCAUCGGCACUUGCUCAACACGAAAAAAAAAAAAAUAAACAGUAAUUUUUAAUUGCGGUCUCGAUCGCGAUGACAAACCACGUGAUCGCUCUACUGUGUUUAUUUUGUGAUUUCAAUUCGAUCUGGAUCGCGAUCGAUGAUUUUGAUCGCCUAUCAGGAUCAAGAUUGCUGUGUACUGCCUGCCAUAGAUUAUUAUUGAUAUUUCCUUCCUGGUUGAAGAUGCUAAAAACCUUCUACGUAGUUCCUAUUUUUGCGCAUUGUUAAAUUUAUGGUAAGUAGGUAUCUAGGUUUCGACUUCAUAUUAAUACAAAUGCCUCUAAAAUCAGUAUGUUUGACUCCAUAAGAUAAUGUGAAUUCCUUUGAUGUUUGUGGUAGCAUUUUUGAACCGCUGUGUAACAUAGAAUGAGUGAGAGAGAAACUAACAAUUAUUAUUUGUAGAUUUUUGUAUGGACUGAUAUGAAAAGUUUUCUUAAUGAGGUUUAUCCUAGAAUAGGUUUAACCUAAUCUUAACGGGAUAUCGAUGAAGAUUUUCACUUAUUUUUUUUUAUCAUAAAACACUCAAAUUUGUAAGUACCUUUGUAGCUAGUUGUAACAGUUAAAUAAUUAACUAAAUGAAAUAAACUGAAAAAAACAGUAAAUUUUGUAAAUGAUUAAGUUGAUGACCACGCAAUACUAUCGUAAAAUGUUUAUAUGCAAAAAAUAAGAAGUAUUAAUUUAUAAAAUAUUAUUGUAAAGGCCUAUUUUUGUGUGUGAUAAAUAUAUGGUUAUGUUAUUUCAACACUGAAAUAUAAAAAUAACUUCACAAUAUUUGAGACCCUAUUUUAAUUUUGUAACGGUCUUUGAAAACCUAUUUUUAAUAAAAUAAAACUAAUUACUAACUGAAAA